GUGCUGUUUGCAUGUGCUGAAGCCCUCCAUGCACAUGGGUACAGUAACGAGGCAUGCAGGCUGGCUGUGGAGCUGGCUAGAGACCUUUUGGCCAACCCUCCAGAUUUGAAAGUGGAGCAGCCACAGACUAAGGGAAAGAAGAGCAAGGUGUCAACCACCCGCCAGACACAGGUAGCCACUAAGACACUGUCAAAAGCUGCCUUCCUCCUGACAGUUCUCAGUGAGCGACUGGAACUCCAUAAUCUGGCCUUCAACACUGGCAUGUUCUCACUGGAACUCCAGAGACCACCAGCAUCUACCAAAGCUCUAGAGGUGAAGCUGGCCUACCAGGAGUCAGAGGUGGUUGCUCUGUUGAAGAAGAUCCCUCUGGGUCUGAUAGAGAUGUCCGCCAUCAGAGAGCGAGCAGAGCAGCUCCGGGAUGGAAACUUUUGUGAUUACAGACCUGUGCUACCUCUCAUGUUGGCCAGCUUCAUCUUCGAUGUACUGUGUACCCCAGUUGUGUCUCCAACGGGUUCCCGUCCACCAAGCCGCAACCGCAACAAUGAGAUGCCUGGAGAUGAGGAGCUGGGUUUUGAGGCUGCUGUUGCUGCACUUGGUAUGAAAACCACAGUCAGCGAGGCAGAGCAUCCUCUGCUAUGUGAAGGAACUAGACGAGUGAAGGGUGACCUGGCCCUGGCUCUCAUGAUCACCUAUAAGGACGACCAGAGCAAGCUCAAGAAGAUAUUGGAUAAGCUAUUGGACAGAGAGAGUCAGACCCACAAGCCCCAAACUCUAAGCUCCUUCUACUCAAGCAAGCCAGCAGCUGGCAGUCAGCGUAGUCCAUCCAAACAUAUAUCCUCCAGCCACAGUGGGGUGGGUGGGGCCACAGGAGUGGUCUCCAAACAUGCUACGUCAUCUUCCUCAGCAUCUACUUUGGUGGCUUCAUCCUCAAGCUCUUCCUCUGCUCUGACAAUUGGCGGAGAGGGGGUGGCUCCUCAGGCUGAUCUGAACCCAGUGCCAAAUAACACAGCAGGGGAGAGUGCCGCUGAGACCAGGGAGCAUGAUGGGCCUUCAUCUUCAAGUGACCAGCAGAAUGACAUCGCUUCAUUUAAGGAGGCCACAGUGCCCAGUCGGUUGGCACUGGGGGCACGCUGUGGAUAUAGUCAACGCUGCUGGGGCUCACCUGUACGGCAGAAGAAAAAACACACUGGUACAGUGUUACUAAUAUUAAGACUGCUAUUAUUAUCUAUACUUUUUUACGCCGAAUACUGCUUUCAUUUGUUCGGAAAAAAUGUUGCUUUAUGAGAUGGGUACUUUUG